UUUUGAUGCUUCCUUGUUUACGGCCCUAAGCAACUGCCCCAAACAACGCCGUGUUUCUCUUUUUCUGGCACCCCUUAGAGAAACGACAACCCUUUUUUACUUUUAUACCGCUUUUUACAAGUUUUUACACUUUUACUCAGAAAAAAAAUGGAGAUUUACGUUUUGAUAGGGUUGUUCAUGGUCUUUCUCAUCGGUGUAGGGUUUUUGAAGUACCGGAAUGGUUAUCCUGUCAAUUGCUGGUUCUGCAAUUAUAACUCUAAAGUACCAUUUAGUGACCGUAACAGUUUUAUUUGCAAAUCCUGCAAGCAGUAUAAUGGCUUCAACAGGGAUGGCAGCUACAAUCGAGUCAUUGAAGCACAGCAUGAUGAAUCACUUAAUCGCCGUUUCUUACAAUUUACAUCCUCCAGCAGUCAGUUCCAGAGACCAUUUUUGCAAAGGAGCCCGUCUAAUGGACUGUGUGAUAGAUGCAACCAUAUACAAGAACUGAGAGUUCAGCAGCUAGCUAACUUUGUUCCCAUUCGGGAUUUUGACAGGGAGAUUGAACAUUUUCAAAAUGAAAUUGAAAAGGCAUUUCGGUUGUGUGACGGGUGUAACUUAAUUGCCGCCUCCCUCAAAUAUGGAGACAUCUUUGAGGGAGGACGAAGAACACUGCCGGAGGAAAGGUAUCAUCAAGAAGUUGAAGAACCUCAGCAACUUAAUAUGAAGCGGAGACGGUCGCCCAGAAGACCAAGUAAGCCGUUGGAAUUCAAUUAUAAUAGACUUAGUAAAACGAGCGCCGUUUUAUUGGUUUUAUCUAUUGUUAAUUUAUCGGUAUUUCUGAAUUUACAUAUGCUUAUAUUUAAGACUAUCUUUCGAGAAUCUUCACUGCCACAAAGUGUGAUAUUUUCUAACUUAGACUCGACUUAUAAAUAUAUUAAUCAGGAAUUUAUAGGUAAGUAUAUGCCUAAAAACUAUGCAUUUACAGUUUUAUAUUUAUACAUAUUAGGAUUGUUUGUUGAACUUUUAGAUAAUUUUAAUACGAAAAGGGAACAUUACCUCACUAACUUAAAUAAGGCUUUUGCAUGGAUAUUUUUAUCUCUUGCUACUCUAUAUAUUCCUGAACACAGUGAUGUAGUAUUGUACUGGACUGAACUAUUUUGCUUAUUAUUUUUAAUUUAUGUUUAUGGCUUAAGAUUUGUUGUUUCAAAAAGGUCUAAAAAGUAUAAAUUAAAAAGAAUCCCAACUUCUGGCAGAAAAAAUGUAUCUUUGCAGCAAGAGCAGAAGUCUUUAAAUCUAUCUGGGUCCAGUUAUAAUACUGCCUCAAUUAACACAAGGAAUUUAAGCUACUCAGGAAACUCCUCAUUUAAUGACUCAUUUAACAAAUCUGUUAAACAGGAUAUUGAUUUGAGUAAACAUUUGAAUAAUGUUAAUAUUGGUACAAUUAAUACUAAUUCCCAACGACUUUCGCCAAAUCCCUUUUACAAUAUUCAUAGCCGACCACAUUCACCAAUAUAUAGUUUCUGUUUGCCCUCACAUAACAUUCAACCAACACUAAGUGAAGUGCGAAAUAGGAAUUUAUUCAAUCAAAGUGCCCCAUUCCAAAAUGAUUUAAGAUAUCAAAAUGGCCCAAGAACUUCACCACUAAAUCAUUCAUACCAGUUUUAUAGUUUCUCAAAUCAACCGUUUAAUAAUAGUAGAUUUGCUUCCUGUGGCGAUAUUUCUAGUGUGAUAAACGUUCAGUCAUAUCAAAGGCCAGAAAACUCAAUUGGAACAUGUGCAAGCUUUGUCCAGCCAAUGUCUUUCAAUUUUAGUAACACUCAAAAUAAAGUUAAUUACGACACAAGGGCUCCUUCAGUAUCGCAAUUGUGGUCUCCUAGGCCAACUAGCCCAAAUGAAUUUUAUAAUGCUCUGGACCGAACUGCCUUAAACAAUUCAGUGUAUAAUACUUCUUUUCACCGUGAAAACCCAACUCUUUUCACUGGAUCUUCUUUAAAUCUAAGCUUUGGUGCUCCACACAGUUCACAAAGUGUUUUCCUAAAUCCUAAUAUUCAGAACAAUGCAUCACUAAAUAAUAAACUUCAACAUCAAGAUGAUGAUGAUGAUGAUGCUUCUUCCAGAGAGUCUUCUUCAAGUGAAAGCUCAGGAUUUAUUUCAAAUAAUGAUUUUGUUAAGUGUAUGUCACAGUCUUUGCCUAGUUCUCGGGAAUCGUCUCCAGUACGAUAAUAUAUUUUUCAAAUGUUGUUGCAUUUCAUUUUUAACUGUAAAAUAAGUUACUUACUGUAAUGGUUUUCAUUUUUCAAAUAGGUUCGUCUUGCUUAUUUUCUCCUAGAUAUUGAUAAUCUUGGUUGAUAAGUUCAAAUCUCUUUGGGGUGGGUUUGAAAGGCCAAGAAAGUACUACAGGGUCCCACAUAGCAUAAUUUCAUAAACCGGAAGAAAUAUAGUUUCGGUUAAAUGGGGAAGAAGUUGUGCUGUCCCAUCAGAUGCGAUAUUAAGAUUUACGAUAUCUACAGAGAUUUUCAAAAUAUAGGGCUAAAAAUAAAAUUUGUUUUUUAGAAAACCUGCAAGCCGGCCCUGGCAGCGAGGUGGGUACCUGCCUAGCAGUCGUGUGGCCCUGGGUUCGAAUCCCAGACUUGGCAUGGUCGUUUAUGAUGUCCGAUUUAGUUUAAAUACUAAAAAAUUAUAUAGAGGUUUUUCGUGACUAAAUGUGUUUAGCACAAGCACGAGAUGGCUGACAUCUU